AAAUUUUAUAAGACUAUGAGACAAAACGAUAAGAAAGUUAGAGACUUUAUACUUAAACUAUAGAAACAGGCAGUGAAGUGCAAUUUCAGAGGCUAGUUGGGAAUUCAACUUCGUGAUCAACUGAUUGUUGGAAUAAGUAUUUCGAAGGUGCAGACAAGUUUGGCGAAUGUUUACUGUGGUGAAUUUCACUUCCGUAAUUCAUGUGUUUCGUCAUGUGAAAUGCUUUAAGUGUGACAAAAACGAACACAGUAAGUCGGUUUGUAGAACUGUUUAUUUUGCCGCUAGUAAUGUUAAACUUUGUAAUUCAUACCCCAUUAGUUUGAGUGAUUCUAAUAAUCAUAUACUAUCCCUAUUCACAACUUACAGUAAUUCACUUCAUAUUCAGAAACGGCUAUACUUGUCCAGUGAUGCUUUUAUGAUUUUAUUGUUGAAACUAAAAGUAUCAAAUCCAUCAUUUCAGUUGGAAAGUUGAAGUCAUCGAAUCCCAAUCCUACAAUUAAACCUAUCAAGGUU